AUGAGUGAGCUCUUGGCGAUCACGAAUGCCGUAGUGCCUUCACAUUAUGAAUUACACCUCGACAUCAAUCCAUUGAAGACCAAUUUCAGAGGAUCAGCAAGAAUUUCAUUGAAACCAACUAAUUUAGCAGCUUGUUCAAUACAAGACUUGAAACUACAUUCUAAGAAUCUGGUCAUUUUGUCGGCAUCCCUUUGUGAAAGCAAGGUUGAGCACCCCCUCGAUGUAACAUAUGACAAGUCCGAGGAAGUAGUUAUAUUCAAUUGUCAGGAACAGAUACUUUUCUCGCCUGAUAGGAAACUUUUUCUGCAUCUGGAUUACGUUGGAAGAAUCAAUGCAAUCAAAACGUAUCAGGACGAAACAGCAGGGGUUUUCAAAACAAAUUUCAUGGAUCCCAAAACGGGCAAAUCGAAUAAUAUGGUGAUUGCAACCCAUUGUCAACCCUACUUUGCUAGAAGCAUAUUUCCGUGCGUUGAUGAACCUUCUUUAAAAACCACAUUUCAAUUGACCAUCAAGACUCUCUCUCGCUUCAAAGUGAUUUCAAACACAAGCAAGGUCUCGUCAUCAAAAGUCGGAAAUAGUGACCAAAAGUUGACUGUAUUUGGUAUUACUCCAUUGAUGGUAACAUCAAUUUUUGGGUUUGUCGUUGGUGAUCUAGAAAUGUCUAGAACAGAAGUGCAUUCCAAUUAUUCACCAAACAAGAUGCCAUUAUCAAUUUACUCGCCAUCGAAUAUUGAAAAUGCAGCCUUUGCGCUUGACACAGUCCAGAAAUAUAUACCCAUCUUAGAAGAGUUCUUUGAUAAAAAAUGUCCUCUUGAUAAAUUGGAUUUCGUUUUGUUACCCUUUUUGAAAGAUAUGGCAAUGGAAAAUUUUGGUCUUAUUACUGUUCAAAUGAAUCAUUUACUGUUGACGCCAACUGUACUAGCAAAUAAUGAUGUUAGACAACAAGUGCAACAACUAAUCGUGCAUGAGUUGGUUCAUCAAUGGAUGGGUAACUAUCUCUCUUUCCAGUCGUUUGAAUAUCUAUGGUUCAACGAAUCAUUCGCCACUUGGUGUGCCUGUGAAGUUCUUGAAAAAAGUGGCGAUUUACCGAACUAUUGGACAAGCAAAGCAUAUUUGGUUGAUCAGACAGGUACUGCCAUGUCGUCAGACUCUGAUUCGCAUACGCUAAGUAUAGCAGCAGCUUCUCUGAAAGCAACAAUGAACUCACCAUCACAGACCAAAGAUCUUUUUGACGCGCACUCAUAUGCUAAAGGCAUCGCUAUUUUGAGGGGUAUGUCGCUCUCUACUGGCGAGGAGUUUUUUAAAAAAGCUUUGCAAAAAGUUUUCAAAGAUGAGUCCCUCCAUAAGAAUAGUAUCAAGCCAAUUAAUAUCAUAUAUCAUAUGGCUAACACUCUUAAAUCUCAAAAUAUAUCUAAUCACUUCAGUUCAUGGUGUCGAACAGCUGGAUUACCUAUCGUAUCAGUAGAGCUGAUUGAAGAAAGUAACAAAACAAAAACCAAACUUGUCCAACACAGGUAUAUAACUAGUGGAGAUACUGACUAUGAGGAUGUGCCAUAUUCUAUUCCUCUAUUUAUUCAGCUGCCAAAUACCGAAUUGGAUACGAAACAUAUCCUAAUGACAGACCGAACUCUGAAGAUCGAUUAUCCGAUACUACUUUGUAAUCACGAAUCGCAGGGCUACUAUCAUGUAUCUUACGAAUCAGAUGAAUUUUACAAACAAAUAAAUCAACAUUUAACAAACGGCGAUUUAUCGGAAAUUGACUUGGUUAAAAUUUUCACCGAUUUACAAUACUACAUUGGUGAUUCAGCAUAUCAAAAGCCCAUUCACUUGUCCGGAUUGCAAAAUUUACUACAGCAUUUAUCAUCAGAUGAAGUUGACCUCAAACGACAUGCCAAAUAUUGGCUUGCCAUGAGAAGCGGUCUGAUAGCAUUGGGGAAAGUUGAACAAUUAUCGGCAGCAAAUGGGAAUUUCGCACAUGACUACAUUUAUUCCGUUGUCACUCCCUUGAUUAAGAAAAUUAAUUGGCCGGUAGGAAAAUUUGAGGAGGGGACUUAUUCUUCUUAUCAACUCGAUUGUAUGUCUAAGCUCCUCUUCAUGGGUAGAGAACUACCAAAUAUUUGUGAGCUGUGUCAUAAUUAUUUCAAUCAUAUCUUGCAGGGACCUCCAUCAAGCGUUCCAAUCGAAAUUGUUGAGAGUGUUUUUGCAGUUAUAUCGCAAAGUGCCAAAAACACUAAACAAUGGAAAAGACUGUUUGAGCUAGCCAAUUCCUGUGAAGGCAUCAAAGAGAAUGUUUCAUUUUUAAAUAUUAAUACACCGGUGCACUCUGAUGCAUUACAAUUUUACGCCAUUAAUUACAUGUGUUUCUCGAAAAAUUUUGGGAUUAUAAAAAAAACAUUGGAGUUUAUUGCAGCUAACUUAGAAAUCAGUGGCAUCGAUUCGGCGCUGUUAGGCCUUACUUAUAAUGCAUAUCAAAAACCUAAAGGUGAUCAGAGUGAUUGUCAAAUACGGGAAAUCGUAUGGGAAUGGUUCAGAACCCAUUUUGAUGUUUGGGUCCGUAGUUGUGUGAGAAAAGAUGCGUCAAGUGAUAAUAAAAGGACGUCACUUUCAUCAAUUGCAUUUCAUGUCUUCAAAAUGUUCGCUGCUGAUGAAGAAAUUGUGGACGAGUUUUUGGAGAUAACUCAGGAUUCUUUUUUGGAUAUUUUGAGUGCCAAAGAUUACUGGGAAAUUGUAAAGUCAACUCACAGUGAAGACAAGCAGUUACUGGAGAAAACGAUGAAAUAUGAUGUCUUUAAUUGA